CGUGCAAAAUUAAAGAUUUGUGACCGUUUUGUACUAGUGUAUAGGUUUGUGACAUUUUGUGCUAAUUACUGGGAAACGGUCAUUACUCAUUUCAGAGAAAAGGCCAUUAGGGUUCUAUCGUUGUGCUCCAUUAGUCCAUUUCCCUCUGUUUCUCUCUCCUUCGUAGUGAUAGAGAAAAAGGGUUCGGUCAACAGUUGUUCACUGUGGAGGCUGAGAAUCGAUCUCCUGUGACGACUUGGUGCAGGGGAAGAGCAAGUAUGACGGCGCGGCUCCGUGAAUCGACUGCUGAUAGGAUUAGCAACCUUCCCGACGGCGCGAUAGAGCGGAUUCUGGUGUUCUUACCCAUAAAAGAUGCAGCAAAAACCAGCCUCUUGUCAAGAGACUGGAGACAUCGUUGGAGAAGUAUUCCUCAACUUGUGUUCGAUGAUAGGUUUGCUCCACUUCCCGAAGAAGAUAGUUGUGGUAAUAUAGCGGAUGAUGGGAAGGAUGUAGUGUUGAAGAUUUACGAAGCUCUGCUGACUCAUGAUGGGCUGCUAACCAAAUUUGAGCUCUCUAUUCCUGAAUUUAGGCGUCAAAUUCCGCUUGAUCUCUUGAUCCUUCACCUCUCUAGGAAAGCCGUCCAGGAGCUUGCUCUUCUCUUAGAGGACGACAAUUACCCCAAAUUGCACUCCUCCCUGUUCUCUCCAGCCUUUCCCCUGAAGCGUCUUAAACUAAAGGGUUGCGAAUUCGAGAAUUUCCUUCCCUGCUGCCCGCUGCUCGAAGAGUUGAGGUUUAUCGGUUGCACCGGUGAAGAGCAUGUGUUUGUCUCGCCUUCUCUGAAAGUGCUUUUGUUUCACUCAUGUCUUUCUAAAAUAUGCUUCAAGUAUACCCCACUUCUUUCGGUGCUAUCAGUUCUAGACACUAAUGAAUAUACUUAUGAGGCAGGCUCCUUUGUGAAGGAUAAUUCGGAUAUGGUUGGCUUAUUUGCAUCUCUCCCUGCGCUUCAGCACCUCAAUCUUGGCAUUGAAUUGCUGCUAUUCCUUGCUGAUGAUGAUCAUGUCCCCUACAAGCUUCCUAAACCUCUCCACAACCUGAGAUUCCUGGAAGUACCUCGCAUUCUGUUGCAUAGGUUGCCACAGGCGCGGGUUCUUGUUUGUCUGAUCAUGAGCGCCCCCAACUUGAAAAGACUCACAAUUCGGCUCGAUGAUAGUGGUGAACUUCCGCCUUCGAAGGUUAUCGGUAGCCUGCAGAAGUUGUUAGAAGCAGAGGACCAACUUGGAGUUUGCUGCCUUCACCAUCUGGAAGAGGUCAACAUUCAUGACAGUCUUGGCAGGCAAGUCGAGUUGGACCUGGUGAGGUUUGUUCUAGCCUCUGCCCCAGUACUUCGCAGGAUCAACAUUCAGCGCAAAGAAAAGUUUUCUUCUAAAAGGGCUCUGAAAUUCUUGAAUGAGAUGAUAGUAUAUAAGCGUAUUUCAAAAGAAGCUGAGGUCAAAUAUGUCUAGAAUGAUGUGGUUGAUACUUUGUCGCUUUACAUCUCACCCUUUGGGUCGUUGUUCAUCUUUUUUUAUGGUGCUUCGUCUUAUGUUAAUGAUGUGAGGGUGCUUGAUCUAACUUAGUUUAAAUGUAGAAAGUUUGCAGGGUGAAAGUCCUUAAGUCCUUAAGUCCCUAAACUCCCUCCCUCCUCCCUCCUUCACAUCUGUUUCCAAGCUUUCCAUGAAAUUCUAUUCUUUCUCUCUUUGCUGCCUCCACCAGAAAGCAAAUAUUACUCUUCUACUUACAUCAAAGACCCCAUUAGGAACUCUGAACACUGACAUAGCCUUUAUGAGCUUGAGCUAUAGCCUUUAUGAGGACUUCUUUAGCUGCUAUUGAAAGGGACUGGCUAUUCCAAUGCUUUGUUUUCUUCCUUACACGAUCAACAAAUAAGUAAACUUUCUUGUGUCGUCCAAUUGUUGUAGGCAGCCCCAAGUAUUUUGCAUGUUCGAUCACCUUUUUCAUUCAUAGAAUGGUCACCAAUUCCUCCACCUUGUCUGCUUUUACACUCGGAGAGAAGCUGAUUUCAUAUUUAAGUAGGUUAACCUUCUGCCCUGAUUUCAGUUCAUUGAGCUCUAGGAUCUCUUUUAUUUUCAAACAUUCCUGAGGUGUUGCUCUUGCAAACAGAAUGCUAUGUCUGGAACGCGUAGAUGAGAGAUAGUUGGUCCCCUGCAGGAAACCUUUAGCCCAUGGUUGUGCCUCUAUCAACUUCUUGUUUAAUAAUAGUUGAAAGCCCUUUCACACAUAGUAGAAAUAGGUAAGAUAAUGGAGGAUCACCUUGCCUGAGUCCUCUUCCCGGUUUUAACUCUAUUGACCUAUGACCAUUAACCAAGAUGGGGAAUGUUACAGUUGUAACACAGCUCAUGAUUAGGCUUACCCAUUUGGUGUCGAAACUGAGUUUUAACAUUAUUGAUUCUAGAAAGUGCAUCUCCACCUUGUCGUGCGCCUUUGAUAUGUCAAGCUUAGUUGCCAUCACCUCGUUUUUUCCUUCUUAUUCUUAAUCGCAUGAAAGCACUCAAAAGCAAUCAGUAUGUUGUCUGUAAUGUUCCUCCCCGGUACAAAUGCUCUCUGGUUCUCCCCCACCACCUUGUUUAAGAUUCGUUUCAAUCUGUUGGCCAGAACCUUUGCCAUGAUCUUGUAAAGGACUUGGCAAAGACUGAUAGAGCGAAACUCUAGAGGUUUCUUUGGCUUCUUAUUCUUUGGUAAAGUGCAAUCUGAGUGUGAUUGACCUGUGCCGGGAAAGUUCCCAUCUCUACUCUCUAGGUAGAGCGUCAGAGCCUUAGUCACCUUGCCCUGACUGUUUCCGAAAAAACAUCGCUGACAUACCAUCCGGGCCCGUAGUCUUAGUUGGACCCAUCAUUUUGAGGGCUAUCGACUGGGUCUGGAUCCCAUCAGUAACCAUCAGGUGAGUAACCCCAUGCAUAACCCAAUAAGAAUCCGCCACAUCAGUGUCUCAUUCUCUCUCUUCGAGAAACCUUUAAUUUUCCUUCCCUUAAUCUUUAACAAACGAGAUCUCACUCGUUUUAACUCGGAAUUUAAUUUUUUUUUUGCACAGUUAGAUCAAAUUAAUUGUACUCUUCAAAAUGAUAUCCACUUUGAUAUUUUUUGGAACAAAUUUUUUUUUGUCAAUUAUUACCAGUCUAUACCAUAUGGUAUUGACUGCACCAUAUUGUAUUGACUGGUAUUAAAUAACAACAUACCAUAUGGUAUGAAAAAUACCACUCCAUACCAGGGUGGUAUAGUAUGAUAUGAAGUUGGUAACGAGAGGUAUGCAAUUUUUUCACCUAGAAAAUUUUGGAAUCCAAUAGAUCAUGAUUAAAUUG